AUGGAUGGGGAAUUAAUUGCUAAAUGCCAAAAUCUCAACAUUAACGACGUAGAAUCUGAAGUUUUUGACUCGGGGGAUAUUAAUUCAGAAGAGAUUAAUGAUCAGGUCUCUUUAUUACUGGUGGGAAGGGUUGUGACGGAGAAACACUUCAAUGUCGACGCCUUCAAACGAACGAUGACGCAAUCAUGGGGGGUCUCAAAGAGAUUGGUGAUUCGUUCUAUUGGACCGAAUAAAUUUGUUUUUCAAUUUUUUCACUGGAGGGACAAAGAAAAGGUUAUGCAAGGCAGGCCUUGGUGUUUUGAUAAUCAGUUGGUGGUUCUGAAUGAAGUUUCCGGGGAUGAGCAACCGUCGGAGGUAAACCUUAAUUUCUCUCCUUUUUGGAUCCGCUUAAAAAACUUACCCUUUAACUGUUGUUCGACACCCAUGUGUAAUGUUAUUGCGUCUCGACUGGGACAUGUUAUGGACAUUGAUGAUGAAUGUGCUUACCUUGACAAUUAUCGGAGGGUUCGAAUUUUUAUGGACAUUACUAAACCUCUCUGUAGAUUCCAGAACAUUAAAGGGAGAGAUGGAAAAAUUGUUAAAACGGACAUAGCUUAUGAGAGAUUACCGUUCUUUUGCUUCCUGUGUGGAGUUAAUGGCCAUAAUGACCGUGACUGUGAUAAUAUUGAAGAUGGAUGUGAUCAAGAACAGGUGAUGGGGUGGAGUAGAGCCUUGCGGGCAACCCCUCGAAAAGGUGUUAAGAAGAUGAUAGAUGAGUUGGAGGAGGUUCGGGCGUGCAGGAAGGUGAUGUUUGUUACGAAGCCAAAAGUAGGGGGGUCGGAUUCUGGACAUGCUUUGUUGGGGCUGGAGAAGGAGGAGGUGGGGCAAGAUAAUGACCAUAUUGGUGCUAAGGAGGGGGAGGAACUGAUAGCAGGGGGAGGGAAGGUAGUAGGGCCGGGGGCGAGUUCUGGGGGUGGAGAAUGCAAGGAUGGGUCUGGAGGUGAAGGAGAGGGAGGUACGCAUGUGGGGUAUGAUAAAGGUUCUCCUGCUGCUGAGGUUGAAUCUGGAGAUUUUUCGCAUGGAGCCCAAGAGGUGGUGGGGAUUCUUGGUGCCACUACUACUACCGUUAUGGGAGUAGUUGAGGAACUUGAUAAUAAUGGGCCUGUGGAUGAAGGGGAAUCUCGGACUGGGGGAGGAUUUUUGAACCCAGAAGCUAAUGAGGUUUCAACGAAGGUGGAACGUGUGAAAGGGGUAGGAGGGAAAAGAUGGCGAAAAAAGGCUCGGGAAAAAUUUGAUACUUAUAUGGAGGAGGGGGAGAGUGGUACAGAGCUGGAUGUAGGGGGGAAACGGAGUCGAGAGGUGACGGCGGAUGUGGAGGAUUACGAUAGUACAACAAAAAAAAUGUGUUUGGAAAUUAUUUCUUCUGGAUGGCGUGAGGCGGGGUCUGCUAUAGAGCAGCGUCGCCAGCUCAAUGAGUCUUCUAAGUUUAAACUGCAUGGGUUUGGGUCACACUUUUGCAGUUCUUAA